UAAAUAGUCUAUUUCACUGAAAUACUUUGUUACUUGAUUAUAUAUAGAUAGAUAUAUAUAUGUAAAUAAAAGGCUAUUCUGAGACACAGCAGAGCCAGUAGAUGCAGCUUUAAUAGUUAGAAUGCCAGCGCUAUGGGAGGUGCUAAUAUAUAUCAAGCCCCUGCCCGGCACCCAGGUAUGUGGGCAGAUACAGGCACCAUGCACAGAGCACACUAAGGGUUAAGGGAUGGAUGGAAGAGAGGGGCCUAAGUGUGGGAAAGUUGCAGUCGGAGAGCUUUAUUUAUUAAAUUAAAUUUAUAGGGGAUGCCAUACUGUAUCAUCCACAGACCCCCCCAAAUCCUUUUCCUAUUUCCUUACUGAUAAACAGAGGAAGAGAAAUGAACAAGUUUAAUAUAACUGUCAGUGAUCUGCCAAUCUGUUUGUAACUGUAACUGCUCAGCCCCCCCCCCACCAUCUCCUCAGCCAUUGUGAUGUCAUCGCUUGUACUUGCUUAUCUUAACUACAAUCUCCAGAUCCAUUGUAACCACGGCAACUGCAUUGUGAUGUCACAGAACACAGUUUGAGCAGCUGUCAGUUGGCCUGUGGUCAUUUUGAGUGAAGCAGUCAAGGUAGAAGGAGCUUGCUCCCGAAGCCCUGAAAUGCUCUACUUAAUUCCUAUUAUUUUUUCAAUUUUUCUAUUUUCAAUUGUAUUUUCCACUAUGUCUGAUCAAACCCGAUCGACUAGUUUUUCUUUUUCCAAAUGUAUCCUGUUCCUAUUAUGGGGAUAUUUUGGAGGAUACUCAGGCCUGAGGUUUUUUUACGUAGCUGUCGGUUUAGGUGUGUGGUACUGGUACAAGUACAAAUACAGAAAGCCGACAGCCCAGGUCCCAGUAAUGAAGACUGAGGAGAAAGCCAAGCAACAGGCAAAGGCCCCACCAAAGGUUCAGGACGACCAAUUUGAAAAUGUCAGGUGCCUGACAGUGAUGAUGGAGAAUAUGUGGCCUUACCUCAGGAAGUACGUGGCGAAGUUCCUUAAGGAGAAGAUUCAGCCCAAAUUGCGUUCCCGCAAUAAAUAUUUGAAACAUUGUUCGUUCAUGGAAAUUGAUUUGGGCACAAAACCUCCAGAAGUGAAUCGCAUGAGAGUCGAAUCAGAUGUCGAGAAAAAGCAGAUUAUCAUGGAUCUCCAAAUCAGUUAUAAUGCUCCAGUGAAGGUGAUUAUUGGAUUAUACGAACAUGCUAUAGCCAGAGUGAAUACUAUAAAGCUGGAAGGAACGUUCCGGAUAGUCCUUGCCCCGCUGAUGGGAAACGUACCCAUAGUUGGAGCAAUGACAUUUUAUUUCCCUCAACGACCGGAUUUGCACCUAGAAUGGACGGGACUCACCAGUCUACUUAAUAUUUCUGGUGUUCAGUCUCUGACCCAAAAAAAGGUUGUGGAUAAAAUUGCAAAUUUCUUGGUUUCGCCAAAACAUAUAACCAAGCGUAUAACAUCUAAAUUUGAUAUAAUGGAGCUACGCUUUAAAGAGCGCAAGAACGCACUUCGAAUCAAUGUGUUAGAAGCGAGGAAUCUUGUCGCUAAAGACUUUAUUACAAAGAAAUCGGACCCGUUUGUUGUUGUACACGGAGGAGGCAAGACUUUCAAAACAAGGGUGAUUUCUAAGAACUUGAACCCACAAUGGAACCAGACUUUUGAGAUAUUAUUCUCAGAACUGCCAGGGCAGGAGAUUACAUUUGAAGUUUUCGACAGAGAUGAGGCAAGAGAUGACCCAAUGGGAAGCUGUAAGAUUGCGGUUUCCCAGGUCCUGGAAAGGAAAUCGAUUAAUAAGUGGUUCCGACUGGAGAAUGUACAGUCUGGGGAUCUCCAUAUUAAGGUGGAGACUCUCCAACUUCUAUCAGACCCUGCACAGCUGAAUAAGGUGUUGAAGCUGAACAAAGAAAUUCAGCCACCCAAGAGUGAGGAGCUCUCAUCAGCAGUGCUCUAUGCAGUUAUCCAGAAAGCCAGAAGUCUGCCGGUGAUACGGCCGAAGAAAAGCCUAUUGAAUCCGCUGGCCAAACUGCAGGUUACUGUCGGAGAGACAGUGAAGAAGAGCGGGGGUAAAAAGAAUAACGGAGAGCCAGAGUGGAAGAAGAGGAUGCAGAUCCUAAUAAAGAAUCCACUUGGUGAGAAAAUGAAGCUAAAGGUACGGAAUGAGAACAAUAAAGUUCUAGGAAGUCUCUCUGUUCCCCUGUCUAACAUCAUGGCUGCCAAGGACAUGACUAUUGAGGACUGGUUCCCCCUGAAGUCCAAAUCGAAGAACAGUGAGGUUCUGAUGAAGCUGCAGCUGAGGAUUUUGGCCCCUCGCACUUUUCAUGUGACGCCAUAGAACCAUAAAGAGCUUGGAACCCAUAUUCCAACGAAAGUCCUUGACCAAAACCGUUAAGCUUUGAUUGUUCUGUGCCACUAGACCUGGCACAAACACAGGGCACUGAGGAGGAUGAAGGAGGAGGAAGAGGAGGAUUAGGGCACUGAGGAGGAUGAAGGAGGAGGAAGAGGAGGAU